AUGGCCGACGACGACUUUGAUGACGGGUGGGGCGAAGAUCUCGACGAUCUGAUUGACGACGAAGACGAUGUAGGCGAAUUGAAUCCGUCAGCAGAUGUUGACCAAGGAGAAGGAUGGGGCGACGAUCUGGAUGAUCUGGAAGUGGACCAACCGUUGGCACCACCCCCAGUUGCCGCACAGACAGAAGACUCGGGGUGGGGUGAUGACGAUGACCUGGACUUGUCGGAUACAGAGGAUCCUCAGCCUCUUCAGGUUCAAACUCCAGCUCCGCGACAAAAAUCCAAUCCACAAGUGGAAAAUGUGUACCACGAGCUCGUCUCGUAUGUGGAAUCUCUCAUGAUUCUUCUGCCUUCCAUCAAUGCUGUGCUUCAAGCAGAAUACAAUCAUCCCGAAAAGGCGCAAGAGUUGCUUCAUUACUACCGCGAGAGGCCGCAAUUGCGCGAGUACACGAUCGAAAAGGAGCUCGCUCGCAUGGAUUAUCAAGUCAUGUUACUACAUGCCAGCGGCGAAGAGCCCACUGUGGUCGACAACAAGCAAGAAAUUGCACAGCUAUUUAAGCUACAGAAUGAGCUCGACUUGUUGGUACGCUGUGCCAAUCAAUCUCUGCUGGCAGAUUUGUUACAAGUCAUGACAAAGCCUGAUGGACUUGUUCGCCCUCAAUACAUGGCGACCUGUCUGGCGAAUGCUUGCAAGUUUGUCCUAAGAUUUAGUCCAGGCAUUGAAGGUGGCCUCGUGGAGUGCACCAGUCAGUUGGUACUGUCCCUGCCGGAACCAUCUGGUGACAGAUAUCCUGUGGCAAAUUUAAAAGUCCACAUUGCAUUGGGUGUCCCAACGAAUCCACAAGAUCCUGCCACAAUUGACUACAAACUGCAAACCAUGGAUAUCAUUAUUCCAUCGAUGGAAGUAUUGCGGCCCACGGCUCAAUUCUUGGUAGAAUCAGGUCUAUUGGAACAUCCGCCCAUGUCACCGUUUCCACAAACUCCUGGUGGACCAAAUCCGUUCGAGGACAAUGACACGUUUCGUGAUGUCUUUCUGCAACAAUCCCAAAACAUGCUCCAGAACUCAACCGUGGGACUCAAGUCGGCAUGGAAACAACUGGAUUCUGUGGCCGGUUUCUCCACUAAAAUGAACAUGAUGCAAAAGAUACUGCCAACAACAGACGGCUCGGUUCUGGAAGCCGCCAUGCAGGAACAGGAAGCCUAUCAGAGACAAUUACAAAAUAAUGCACAGCAGCAACAGAGGCUCUCCAACAACAUCAUGCCUACUGGAGAUGACACGGUCCCUGUGUCCUAUCCACCUCAAGCUGCGAGACCACCACCGGCAGUGCCUCAGGCCCGUCCAACAUCACUAUUGGGGAGCUUCAUGGGGGCGAUUGCCAAGUCGGUGACUUUGCCAGAAGAAGAUCCUUCGAUCUAUGAGCAUUACGGCAAUCCACAUGCACCGCCACAGCCUCCAUCAAGUUUUCCUCGGCCUGCAGGGGGAGCUGCUCCAAUGGUUCAGUUAUAUCGCCAGGAAGAAAAGCCCACUCCUAGUCAAGGGCCACCGGCUGCACCUCUGUCACAGCCAAUACCAGCAACACAGCCCGAAAAGAAGACUUCUCCUUGGCUAAGUCGCAUGACGAAACCUCUUCCCACGCCACCGGCUCCGUCGCAACCUGCACAGCUUCCUGUUCCUGCUGCCCCUACUGUACCUGUUCCGGCGCCCCAAACAGCGCAAAAAGACGAUAUUGAUGAUGACGAAGAUCUUGGCUUAGAUGAUGGAUGGGGUGAGGACGAUGACCUGGCGCUUGAUGUUGAAGACGACGACACCACUGGAGAGGAAGAAGCAGUGGAAGCUAUCGAAAGGAAGCCAAGCGCAACGAUACAGCAAGCCCCUCCCGUGGCGAAUAAGACUGUGUCUCAACCGAGCACAGUACAACCCAGCUCUCGACAGUUCAGCUCUGUUCCGUCCCCCAAACCAACCAGUUUCGAUGCCACUAAAUCCAACCUCGCAUCCAAGAACCCCGACGAUGACAUCGUACCGACACGCAAGCGCUGGGUGAAUCCCAGACCGGGUCCUCGCUACUUGCGUCCGCUCUAA